AUGCCUGAUGAAACGACGGAAUGCAAGCCCGAGCAGCCGACCGGCCCAUUCAUUGCCAUGUUCGAAGGCUUCCGAAAAGAGUUGGAUGAACAUCACGACCGCCGCGAGAGAAUCAUCAAAGCAUCUCGAGACAUUACCGCGUCGAGCAAGAAGAUAGUUCGGAACGUAGGCCAGCCAGUUCCACCGUUCGUCAACAAAUCAAACGCACAGUACUGGGAAACAAUACAAAAGCAAUACUCCGGUAUAGCCUCAGACCUGCAGUCUCUCAACGCCCACCGCUAUGCGCACAACAUUACAGGCGGCAACCAGGAAUUCAUCGAAGCGCUGUCUUUCCACCACUACCUGGAAACACAGUCAUUGAUUUCGUAUGACGAGGCGAAGGCCAGAAUCGCAAUGAUGAGCAAGGACGAGGCAAAGGAUGGAGACCUGCAGCAGGAGGGUAGUGUGGUACCGCUGAGUCCCGAAGACUACAUCCUAGGAAUCUGCGAUAUGACGGGCGAGUUGAUGCGCUUCAGCGUUACCUCCAUGGCCACCAAUGGCAGGCUCCCCGCUGGCCGAGCCAAGGCUACACCGACUUCUAAGUCACCAGCUGCGACAGAGGAUGCAGAUAGGAUGGACAUCGACUCCCAAGCACUGACGUCAGGCGAUAGCCAAAAGCCAAGGACUGUACUAGAUGAUCUGCGCUCGAUCAGACUGCAGCUCGAGAUGUUUGAGGCGCCGUAUGGGCCGAAGUGGGUGAGUGAGUUGGAGACGAAGAAGAUGCCGGUGAUGCGCGAGUGUGUUGAUAAAGUGGAGAAGGCGCUGUAUGGACUUACAGUGCGGGGGUCGGAGAGGCCAAAGGGAUGGAUGCCGGACAUGAGCAGCGAUCGAAGGGCAGAGGUGGAGAGCUAUUAGGCUAUGAAUAUACUGUCGAGACUACUGUGGACGUCUCUGUUCAUCUGGUUUAUAGGAUGCUAUGAAGGCCUCCAGGGCGAGUUCUGGCGCAGCAGACCUUCAUUUUGGGACGAGCUCGGAGGAUGUCACAGUGGAAAGGAUGUUCAGAAGCAACUUUUAUGAUGACGCACGGAGGCAUCUAUGUCAUUCAU